AAGGCAGAGCCCCGCGCGCCCAGAGGCAGACAACAGCGGCGGUGUCCGCAGGGACUCUACGCCGGAGACGCGUACCCCGUUGCGCCGAGCUGCGAUGAGCACCCCAGCCAUCCCCCAGGACCUGCAGCUGAACCCGAGUCAGAGGGCCCAGUCCGCGUUCAGAGAGCAAAGAAGACAAAAACUCAAGGAGCAGCUGUUAAAAAGAAAAACUUCCUUUGCAUGCAAACAGGAAAAUCAGAUGUUACUCAGUGAUGGAGAUCAGAGAGUCAGGACAUCUGAAGGCCAGAUCCAAGAAGGGAAAAAAGUUCUGAAAAUAAAGACAAAAAUGGCUGAUAAAGAGAAUGUUGGUAGACCUACCGGGAUCAAAAAUAAUUUAACAGUGGAAAAAAACUGUAUUCCUUUAAAACCUUCUAAUGAAUUAACCAAUUCAACUAUAGCUACGGAUCCACCUAAUUCUGAGGAUAAUAAUCAAACUCUGCCAUUGUUACCAGUUAAAGAUGACCCCCAAAGUCAGCAUAGAACAUUAAGCCAAACAUUUCACCUUAAAAACAACAGUAAGAAAAAAACAGUGAUUACAGAAAAACCAAAGCACGAUGCUAACGUGCCCAAGAAACCUGUGCUUGGAGCAUAUCGUGGACAAAUUGUUCAGUCUAAGAUUAAUUCCUUUAGAAAACCACUGCAAGUCAAAGAUGACAGUUCUACAACAACCAAGAAACUUCCAGCGACUGUCUCUAAAGCCACAAAGCCUCAGCCUGGAGACGUCAGCAGCGUAACAGUGAAAAGUGAUAGAGCCUCACAUAUGACAACUGCCACUAAAUUUGCAAACACUACAUCUCAUAUCCGACACCUUGUGCGACCUCCUAUUAGAAGUCAGCACAGUGAAACCCAGGACGCCAUGAAACAGGGCAGCAGCAGGAUGUCUGCCAAUGUUACAGUCCGGAAGGGGCCUCGAGAGAAAGAGUUAAAUACAGUUUCGUCUGGCAUCAAGACCAGUUCUUCACAGGACACAAAAGGAAAUAAGACACUAUCAAAAAGCAUGACAGCUGAAAUGGUAGCCAGGCCUGCUUCAUCUUCUAAUACUAAACUGAUAGAAAAGUCAAAAAGCACUGAACAGCGCAGACACACUACGGUGAAAGCAGCUGUCGACAGUAGAUGGACUCGGCCCAAAGAAACUGCGGAAGAGAGAAAAGCUCGUCUGAGUGAGUGGAAAGCUGGCAAAGGAAGAAUUCUGAAACGGCCUCCAAGCUCAGCAGUUACCCGGCCUGAGCCUGAAACACAAGAUGAACAACCUGUUGGAUCCUUCUGGACUACCAUGGCAGAAGAAGAUGAGCAACGACUGUUUACUGAAAAAGUAAACAAGACAUUUUCUGAAUGCCUGAAGCUGAUUAAUGAGGGGUGUCCAAAAGAAGAAGUAUUAGUUACACUAAACGACCUGAUUAAAAAUAUUCCGGAUGCCAAAAAGCUUGUUAAAUAUUGGAUAUGCCUUGCACAUAUUGAAUCACUCACAAGUCCUAUUGAAAAUAUUAUCGCAAUCUAUGAGAAGGCCAUUCUGGCAGGAGCUCAGCCCAUUGAAGAGAUGCGACAUACAAUUGUUGAAAUUCUGACAAUGAAGAGUCAAGAAAAACUUAAAUUUGGAGAAAAUAUUGAGGAGACUUGUGCAACCAAAGAAGAAAUCCAAGAAGCCCACACUGAUGAUACAGAUGUUGAUCGAGAAUCAGAAAAACUGGAAAUGGAAAAUAAGCAUCCUAGAAAUGUGGUGUUUCAAGAUUGUGAAAAAGAGCAAAAUGACGAAGUAAAAGACCCAACCAGUGAUGUUAAAACCCCAAGUACAAACACUAGGGCAGGUUGCUUAAUUAAAUAUAAUGUGUCCACUACGCCAUACUUGCAAAGUGUAAAAAAGAAGAUGCAGUUUGAUGAAACAAAUUCAGCAUAUAAAGAGCUAAAGUUUCUAACACCAGUUAGACGUUCUCGACGUCUUCAAGAGAAGACUUCUAAAUUGCCAGAUAUGUUAAAAGACCAUUAUCCUUGCGUGUCUUCAUUGGAACAAUUAACAGAGUUGGGCCGUGAAACUGAUGCUUUCGUGUGCCGCCCCAACACAGCCCUGUGCGGCAUGUUCUCGGAGCCUGACCCAACAGAAGAGGAGUGAGGUUCUGAUAAGGAGUGGGGUUAUAUUAUAUUCCAAGAGUGGUUGGCCGGUUGAUUGGUUGUGGUUCUGUAUGUCGUUUAGGUCAGGAGUUGCCAAGUACCUAAGUAUUCACGGCAGAAAGUUAAUCCUACCUUGUUGAUCUCAAUAGACUGAGCUUUUCUCUGAGCUAGGUAAUUUGUUAAGACAGUUAGCUUCCUUUGUCACCCAGUUCUGUGGUCUCCGUGUCCCUGGUUGUUCACUGCCACUCUCCAUCAGGGCCAGUGACUGUGCAUCUGUGGUCUCUUGACCUCUUUCUUUUUUAUUAUAGUCAAGGUCAUAAGAAGGAUAGUUAACUACUCCAUUUCUAACAGAAAAUGAUUUGUGGUAAGGAAGAAAACAUGCCAAAGCUGAUGGGUCUUUGGAACUUUAAAUCUGAGUUCCUUUCUUAAGUUCCUUUUCUAACUUGACUAUGUAAAAUGCUAAAAAGUUUUUAACCCCAUUGCUUCGUUUGGUAACAGUUUAUAUAGACUAUUAAAAUGGAAUUAGAGAAGGAAUAUAUACUAUUUCAUAAAUGUCAUUGUAGUUUAAGUAGUAUUUCUAAAAUAACUAAUAACUUAAAACUGAUUUCUUCCUUGUAAUGUUAAUAUAAACACUUCACUGUUAAAUCAUGUCUCCUAAAACAUGAUAAUCAUACACAGUAGUAGGACUCUUUUCACACAUAAAUACCACCACUAAAACUGUUUUGUAAGUCUCCAAACUAAUACUUAAGUGGCAUAUAUCCUUUAUCAACCCUACAGUUUCAAGUAAGGAUUUGGUCAUUGUAAAAGAUUAGUUUUAAAAUUGCAUAAUAUGAAUAUAGUUAAAAAUCACAUUACCUAUUUAUGUUCAUGAAUUCCGUUUAUAUAAUAGUGCCAAUCUUUGUUCUAUUUAUUGUCUCAUGUUCUAGAGAGUAGGAUUUUUAUUCCUUUUAACUACGUAUCUAAUAUGUAUACAAUAAAGUAAAAUAUAUAAUGA